AUGAAAGGGCUAUUGAGGUUUGGAAAGAAAGGGAAAUUAAGUCCCCGGUUCAUAGGGCCGUUUGAGAUUUUGGAAAAAGUGGGGGUGGUUGCGUAUAGGGUAGCGCUUCCUCCUCGGUACAGUGGGGUUCACAACGUAUUUCACGUAUCACUACUACGAAAAUACCGUCCGGAUCCCAACCACAUUCUAAGGUAUGAAUCGUUGCCAUUGGAGAAGGACUUGUCUUAUGAGGAGGAGCCAAUCCAAGUUCUCGAACGACAAGAAAGGAAGUUGAGGAGCAGGGUGAUACCUAUGGUGAAGAUACAGUGGAGACAUCAUGCCAAGGAAGAGGCAACCUGGGAACGGGAAGACGAAAUGAGACGGAAUUAUCCAGAAUUGUUUGGAGGUAAG